UCAAUGAUUAGGAAGGCUGCAAAUUUCCUCUGGAAUUAAGAAGUUUCUACUUCUGUUAACUAAACAGAGAUUCAUAAAUUUUACGAGUCUGGACAGAACUAUAGGUAAUUGAUUACUCUGGAAAGGCAGUGGAUUACCUUCGAAAUGAAGAAUCACUACUGCUGCUUACUAAACAGUAACCAUACUUACCUCUUGUAGACAUUGUAAGGUCCAUUUUUGAUGAUUUUAGAGUUUAUUCAUAAAAAUAGGUGCCUUUGGAGGAAUCAGUGGAAGCUACGAGCAGCAAUAAUAUGCUUUGUUUUCCUGCAUUUGCUUGGUAGGUUUUGUUAAUUGUUUCCUUUGGCCCCAGAGGAGGUGAUCAUCAUGUUGCCAUUGAUUUGAUUUUGCAACAUAUCCGCACCAAUCUUGCUGGGCAUGACCUCUGCAAAAUAUAUCCAGUCAACGUUUCAGGUCUAACUCCUAUGUGAUGGAAGGAAUUUAAAGUGGAAAAUGUUGAAGGAUAUUGUUUUCCAGUGGCCCCUAAAAGUAUGGGUCAAGUCAACUUGUUCACAUUUGUAGCUACCAUUGGGAAGCCUUAAAAUUAAAUAAAACACCCAAGAUGAACCUUUGCUGGUUGUGUAUGCUACCGGUACCAGAUAUUGAAUCAAUGGAUCCAAGAUUAUACCAAUCUGCCAAGUUGGGCCAAGUUGAUUCCUUCAAACAUCUUCUUCAUCAAAAUCCAGGCAUACUUUCUAAGGUGACUCCCCAGGGAAACACAGCCCUCCAUAUUGCUGUGAAAUUUGGACACAAGGGUAUUGUCACUGAGAUCUGUGGCCGGUGUGUUUCCCUCCUGAUAAAGCAGAACUUAGAUGGAGAUACACCUCUACAUAUUGCUGCAAGGGCAGGUCAUUUCUCUAUACUUGAUUUUCUGGUAAGAGCAAUCUUCUCUUCAUCGUGGGGAGGACGUGAAGAUGAAAUCAUGGGCAAGUUUGGGAUUCUGAGCAUGGGAAACAGGGAGAACAGCACCGUUUUGCAUGAGGCUGUCAGGAAUGGUCAUCUUUGUGUGGUUCAGCUCUUGCUGAAGGUUGAUCCUAAGUUGGCUUCUUUAGAAAAUUCCGCUGGUGAAUCGCCUUUAUAUCUUGCUGCUAGAGAAGGAAUGCUAGAGAUAGUGAAUGAAAUUCUGACAUCAACUACGGCCCCAGCUCAUGGAGGUUCAGAAGGCCAAACAGCUUUGCAUGCUGCUGUGAUUGAGAGGCAUCAUGGUAUCAUGCAAGUCCUCCUAAGAGCCAAACCAGAGCUGAUCAGAGAAGUUGACCAUCAUGGCAGAACCUGUCUCUACUAUGCAGCAUCUCUAGGAGACAAUAACACAGUGAAACAAUUACUGGAACUUGAUAAUACUGUUGCAUAUGUAUUGGACAAACAUGGUCACUCACCACUUCAUGUUGCGGCUAGCAGCGGUCAUGUUAACAUUAUAAAGGAGCUUAUUCGACAUUGUCCAGAUUCUGCAGAACUUGUUGAUUUAUGUGGGCGUAAUGCUCUUCAUGCUGCCAUCCUUAGUGGGAAAGGUAAUGUCAUCAGGUAUAUGCUAGAAACAGCAGAAACAGAGGGGCUCAUAAACCAACCUGAUGAGGAUGGAAAUACACCUUUGCAUCUGGCCACUAUGGGAAGGAAAACUUGGAUUGUGCGGUACUUGAUAUGGGAUAAAAGAGUGGAUCGAAGAGCCAAGAACAAAAAGGGCCAAACUGCCUUUGAUAUUGAUCAUUCAAUCAGAGAAUCAUGUCUCACAGUUCCCACAAAGACAGUUUCAAUCAUAUGGAGAAAAUUCAGCUCCCCACCUACUUGGAAUAUUAGAGAAAACAUUCCUCCAAGUGCAAACCAAGAAGCAGAAGAUGCCAAAAUGCAGUCUUAUAAGCAAAUGGGUCAAACCCUCCUGAUGGUAACAACUUUAAUCACAACUGUUACAUUUGCGGCAGCAUUCACAAUGCCUGGUGGCUACAGCCAGAAUGGUCCAAACCAAGGCCUGGCGCUUCUAAAUGCAAGCAAAACCCUUGGAUUGUUUGUCAUCUACGAUAUUAUUGCAAUGACCUGUUCGACAACAGCUGCUUGCCUCAUAUUUUGGGGAGCUAUCAGUAGCAAAGAAUCCUACCCAUUUUACCUAGCAUUGGCCUCAUUUCUUACAUACAUAGCACUACAAUCGACUGCAGGAGCCUUCAUGACAGGCAUUAUUGCUGUUUUGCCUCAUCACGAUUAUAUUGACACUAUGGCUGUUAUAGUAGCCAUUGCUUUCAAUAUUAUCACAUGCCUGUUUCUUUUCCAGUUGCUUCAGAUUUUUUAUAUCUCUGAAGUUUCCCAGUUCUUCAUUUCUCAUCUUUAUAAGCUCAAGUUGAGAAAAAUAAACAAAUGAUUGAGAGGAAAACAUUGUUCAUCUCAUACUCCACUGUUCCUAUAGAAUGGAUAUGGAUCCUCAGUUGCUAGCAUUGGUUUCAUGCUGCGCAAGAAGAGAAGUAAAAGAGAAAAUCUUGCGGACUUCAAGGAAAUGGUUGAUCUCUCACCUUGAUUCUAAAAUGGAACUGGUACAGACAAUGGAAGCUCAAAACUUAGGCGGUCCAGGGGGAUGACAUCCAUUACCAUGUGUGUCAUCUUGUGUUAAUGUAACAAAGCAGAGGAUAUGAAGCAGAAAACUAGAGUAGAGAUUUAACAAAGAGUCAUUCUUCUUCAUUAAGAUAACACAGAGGUUAUAGACUCUGUUGUACAAGAUGAACACUUGUAACCAAGCUUAACAAGUGUUAAACAAGCUU